CCAAACAGCUGUUCUUGGGUUACAGACCUGGAGAAACUUGGCAUAGUUUAGCCCUGAAGGCAAAGCAAGUCAGGGCUUACGGGGUGGGGCACUGGCCAGCCAGAUAUUACUACUAAAGAGCUUUGUUUCAUGGAGACUGCCGGAAUGAUGAAACCUUCUAAAUGGGAAGCAAGCAAGCAGAGGAGAUCAAGAAUCUCCUUCUCAAGAUAAUAAUUCCCUUGGCUUUUCCCCUGGCAGGUUCUUUUAUCUGCGGCCUCAUAGCAGAUAGAGCAAUCAGGCACAGUGACCUAGACUCAUCUGAUAACUCAAUCCAGUUGGAUCAAUCAUCGUCAGACGGUUUGAGAUUGAUUCAAGGAGAGGAGGGAGGAGGAGAAAUGGAGUCCCCGAAUCGGGCGCCGCGGAAGCUGGUGCAAGCGGAGACCCCCUACAGCACCGGCAGGCUCGUCGGCGGUGGACAUGCGAGGCAGGCUUCUCUCACUGAAGAAAUCAUGGUGGCGCAGGACACCGAGAGCUCAUCGGAAGUUUCAGUCAACAACCAGAGGCUCCAGGACGUUCAGGGGACGCCCGCCGGCGCCGAAGAGGUCGGGAGCCUGAAGCGCGUGGUGUCGACCCUCGAAGAGCGGGCCGCCGGCAUCGAGAAGCGGUUCCAGGACUACUGUGACGCGAAGGAGCAGGAGGCGACGUACCAGAAGAUGCAGAUCAUGUGCCUGGGGAUGAAGCUGGAGCUGCUAGAGUCCCAGAACCAGCGGCUUGAGGCGGCCGCCACGGAGAUCCGGGCCGCCGCCGAAGAGUUCGCCGUGAUGCGGGCGGGCCUCGACGCGCUGCAGAGAAAGUUCAGGAAGGUCGCCAAGAAGAGCAGGCAAGAGUUCGACGCCAUUGAUGGGAGGAUCCUGGCCUUGGAUGCCCGGGAGGCAGAGAUGGCGGCGAGGUGCCGAGGCUUUGAGCAGCUCAUGGCGGAGAUGAAGGAGCUGGUUUCGCAGCUGCAGAAGGGGAAAGGAACAGACAGUGAGAGCGUGGAGGUCGCCGUGGAGAGGAGCAUGCGGAAGCUGUCGAGCAGCAAGGACCUGCUGGACGGGAUGGGGGUGCUCCGGGACCGGUGGGCGGCGGACAUGGAGGAGCUCAUCUACCUCGGCUGGAUCACGGCGUGGCUGCAGCACGACCUCCUGGUCAGCGACGGCGAGGGCGGCGCCGCCAAGGGCCCGGCGGCGAUUGGGGACGACGACGACGAUGGCACCCACCCGACGGCGGAGGAGCAGCGCAAGAAGGGGGAGAAGAUGGUGGCGGUGGCCGCGCCGAUCAACGAGGUGGAGCUCCGCAAGACGUCGUCCAACGCGUCGUCGUGCGCCGCGGGAGAGGAGUCGUGCAUGGGGCUGGCGGGCUGCAGGACGGGAAUCGGACGCCCGAGAUUGCUCCGCAAGAUCAGAGGGUGGGCCAAGGGAAAGGGUCCAAGCAAGAGCAGUGAGUGAUGAAUAAUUCAUUGGUGCUGAUUAAUUUGCUUGUGAUCACUCGUGAGAAUAAUGUAUGUUUGAGUCAAAUUGCGUUGUUGAAAGAUAAUAAAUAUGGUGCAUAUGAUGUGUUUUUUUUA